UCAGUCGUUCCAGCGACAUCGAGAGAGAAACAUUCAACUUUUUAAUCGUCGCUGUUGGGUGAGCCAAAGAUCCGAUACUGUUGUGUGUCGUCACCAGCAGAGUGGGGAUUGGGGAGUGAUAGUGUUUGAGUUGUGUGUCAUUUGGGAUUGUAAAUUUGGUCAUAUUUCGCAGCAUUUUCGGAUUGAAAUCAGUGUAAAAGUGUGACAGAAGGUAUAAGCUGGGCAAAGGAGUGAAAAAUUACCGGAAUCGGGUCGAUUUUUCCUGGGCAAAUGGUCGAAACAUGAUAACCUAUUAGCACUCUGAGUUGCGAAGCUAAUAUUUUGUCCGUCUGUGGACCCAAUAUUGUGUCCAUGAGAAACACUGCUCCAGUGCUGAAAGUAAUAACCCGGGUCUACGUAAUUAACAGCCACCUAUAUAUGUAAUAACCUGUCCGAGUCAGCAAUCAGCACAGCAAACGGGUGAGAGUGGAAGAAAAACGUGUUUUCCAAAGUGCGAAGCAUCCAGCCAACAGCAGCCUCAGCCAGAUGUGAAAAGUGUUGCAGUCGAUUCAGUGGAUAGCGCGCCGUUGUUAACGGAUGUAACCGAAGAAGUCGAAUAAGCAAAAUAAGAUCCUACCUUGUGUGUUUGCUACUGCAAUUCUUUGCACACGAAUACAAGAGUGUACGAAAAGUGGGGGUGUACUUUGUGCCGUGUUAGAAAAUUGCCUUCGACCCGGUGGGACUCAUCACGUGUGUUUCUGCCAACCACAGUUCCAGAAGGUCUGUUGCUAAAAACGCCGUGCAUCGUUUCAACACCUUCUUAACGUUAUUGGAAAAACCAUUUCAGAGAUCAAAUCGGACGAAAUGAAAAUAAACAAUCCGAUUUGGUGAGGCUGAAAUUGGAAUCGAAGAUAGAAAAGCGAUUUCGAGUUUGUGUCUGUGCGUUUGAUUAUUGGGAACCUGUGCUGAAAAAGGAGGUGAAUGAGGUCAAGAUUGCAACGACGACGACGGUGAUCAUCAGUUUUAUCGUCUGUUGCCCGCGCAUCGUUGUACGUGAGAAUUGCGAUCAUCAUAUCGAAGCCGAAUCCAAAUUGAAAUCCAAUAGCACCGGGGGACGCAGGGCGUUGAAGUGGCUGUGUUAUUGUCCACGGUACGAGUGGGAGUAUUGUUGGAGAUGCAUCCUUCGACUUGAAACCACUUGAGGAAAAUGCUGCUGCCGUUUAUCGUACAACCAUACGUGCAAUCUGUGCCAAACCAUUCGUCAUAGCAGUUUCUGCUGACGACGAGAUUUAUGGAGCGUUGAGUUCGCAAAUUGUGAUGUGCAUUGUACCCAGCUCGCUGCCAGAUGCGAGUUUUGUGAUCUAGGUUAAGGUUCGCCACCCUUUGUGUGGCGCGGUCUGUGUGUUAGUCCUGUUUUAUAUGUGCCACUGAAAACGACAAAAUCAGCAGAGAUGGGCGACAGUACGAUGGGCUCGGUGAGCUUCCUCCACCUGGGGGACAUUGUCUCCCUGUACUCGGAGGGAAGUGUGUCCGGGUUUCUCAGCACUUUGGGCUUGGUAGACGACCGUGUGGUUGUCUGUCCCGGGGCGGGAGAUUUGAACGAUCCGCCUGAAAAGUUUCGCGAUUGCCUGAUCAAGAUAUGCCCCAUGAAUCGGUAUUCAGCCCAGAAGCAGUUCUGGAAGGCAGCUAAGCAGAGCACAACAACGAAUACGGAUACCAGUCUGCUUAAGCGGUUGCAUCAUGCCGCCGAAAUCGAGAAAAAGCAGAACGAAUCCGAGAACAAAAAGUUGCUGGGAACGGUCGUCCAGUACGGCAGCGUGGUGCAACUUCUACAUCUCAAGUCAAAUAAAUAUGUCACCGUUAACAUCCGGCUGCCGGCUCUGUUGGAGAAGAACGCUAUGCGGGUGUACCUGGAUGCCAACGGUAACGAGGGAUCCUGGUUCUACAUCAUGCCGUUCUACAAGCUGCGCUCGGCCGGGGAUAACGUAGUGGUGAACGAUAAGGUCAUCAUGAAACCGGUCAACGCCAAUCGGCAGAAUUUGCACGUCGCUGCCAACUAUGAACUGUUGGAUAAUCCCGGCAGCAAGGAGGUGAACGUGUUGAACUCGUCGUCGUCUUGGAAAAUCACGCUGUUCAUGGAACAUCGGGAAAACCAAGAAGACGUGCUGAAAGGAGGCGAUGUAGUUCGGUUAUUCCACGCCGAGCAGGAGAAGUUUUUGACUAUGGAUGAGUACAAAAAGCAGCAACAUGUGUUCUUGCGAACGACGGGCAGAACCAGUGCCACUGCGGCUACAAGUAGUAAGGCCUUAUGGGAGAUUGAGGUUGUCCAGCACGAUUCGUGUCGAGGAGGCGCAGGUCAUUGGAAUUCAUUGUUUAGGUUUAAGCAUCUAGCUACGGGUUACUAUCUGGCUGCAGAGAUUGAUGAUGACAUAUCACGUACCGAGAAAUCAAGCAAUUCGAGCCAUCCACAGGGUGAGUCUUUUCGACUGGUAUCCGUGCCUCACUCGACAGAUAUUGCGUCGGUAUUCGAAUUGGAUUCGACUACCAUUACUAGACCUGAAGGGCUGGUCCCGCAAAACAGUUACGUACGGAUGCGACAUCUGUGCUCUAAUACGUGGGUUCAUGCAACGUCAUCUCCAAUUGACGUAGACGAGGACAAACCUGUGAUGUCGAAAGUGGGCUGUUCUGCAAUAAAAGAGGACAAGGAAGCUUUCCAGUUGAUUCCAGUCUCCCCGGUUGAGGUACGCGACUUGGAUUUUGCGAAUGAUGCUUGCAAACUGCUUCAGGCUAUGAGUACAAAGUUAGAAAACGGCACAAUAUCACCGAAUGAGCGGCGAUCAUUGAUCGCUCUUCUGCAAGACAUAGUCUUCUUCAUUGCUGGUCAGGAAAAUGAACAGAAUAAGAGUGAUGCUCUGGAUUUGACUAUUAACAAUCCUAAUCGAGAUCGUCAGAAGCUUCUUCGUGAACAGUACAUUCUAAAGCAACUGUUCAAGAUCCUGCAGGGCCCAUUCCAGGAAACAAAGAACAAUGAUGGUCCGUUCUUGAAAAUCGAUGAACUUGGUGAUCCCAAAAAUGCCCCCUACAAGAACAUCUUCCGAUUGUGCUAUCGAAUACUCAAACUUAGCCAGCAAGACUAUCGUAAAAAUCAGGAAUAUAUCGCAAAGCACUUUGGCCUGAUGCAGAAACAGAUCGGUUAUGACAUUCUGGCGGAGGAUACGAUCACAGCGUUGCUGCACAACAACAGAAAACUACUCGAAAAGCACAUCACGGCUGCCGAGAUCGAAACGUUCGUCGGUCUCGUGCGGAAGAAUAUGAACAACUGGCAGUCGCGGUUUCUGGAUUAUCUGUCCGAUCUAUGCGUAUCGAACAAGAAAGCUAUCGCUGUAACGCAGGAACUGAUCUGUAAGAGUGUGCUCAGUGUGAAAAACGCGGACAUUUUGAUAGAGACCUUUCUGAGGGAGGUGGAUGACGAACGGUUGGGAUAUUUGAACGAAUUGGAACGGGGCAAUCAUCAGUUCACCGAGAUCCGGGAGGUGGACGAAACAAACGAAAAUGAGCUGGAAGGAGAAAAGGCUACUUCCAAAUCGGUGGGAGGAACUCCCAAGAAGCUGGACGAAAGGAAGCGUUACGAGGUGGUCCUUAUGUGGCAGAAUCAAACGCAAUCAAAGUCCAUGAGCCGGCUGGCGCAGGGGUUGAAAAUCGGCCGAACGAACGACAUUUCCAUCAUGGAGUACUACCGCCACCAGUUGAACCUGUUCUCCAAUAUGUGCCUCAAUCGGCAGUAUCUGGCACUGAACAACCUUUCGCCUCAUCUGGACAUCGAUCUGAUAUUGCGGUGCAUGUCCGACAAAACCAUUCCAUACGACAUGCGGGCAUCAUUUUGUCGGCUGAUGCUGCACCUGCACGUAGACCGUGACCCACAGGAACCGGUGACGCCGGUCAAAUACGCCCGGCUGUGGUCAGAGAUUCCUUCCAUGAUGUCAAUCAAUGACUACGACAUCGAAAAGCAACCAGACAGCAACAAAGAAGCGGUGCGUGCCCGUUUCAACAAAACCAUCGCCUUCGUCGAGGACUAUCUGUGCAAUCACGUGGUUUCUAAAAUGUGGUUUGCCGAUCAGGACCAGAACAAACUAACCUUCGAAGUGGUCAAGCUGGCUCGCGAUCUCAUCUACUUCGGAUUCUACAGUUUCAGUGAUCUGCUGCGACUCACGAAGACGUUGCUCAACAUUCUGGAUUGCGUUUCGAAUACGGACGCCGAUGGGAGUGGUCUCCCAACUGGGCAUAUUGAUUCUGCUACCGAGGAUGGAGGAGCAGCCCCGUCGACAGCAGCAUCCCGGAAGGAAAGCACAGGUGAACCAAUUAGCAAAAAGUUAAACCGUUCUGCUUCUACGGUGGCUGUGCUGGCUGCUGUUGAAGCUAGCAAGGCAAAUGAUCGUUCCGACAGUAUCUCGGAGGCCGCCAACGCUGAGGGUGGUGUGCUGCGAAGGAUCGGCGACAUGGGAGCCGUCAUGACUUCACUGACCCUGGGUCCGAUCUCAACCGCGUUGGUGUCCCCCAACAUCCAGCACCGUAAGUCCGUUUCACAGUACAUGAAAGAAUAUCCGUUGGUGAUGGACACCAAACUGAAGAUUAUCGAAAUCCUGCAAUUCAUCUUGGACGUUCGUCUGGAUUAUCGGAUAAGUUGUUUGCUAUCGAUUUUCAAACGAGAGUUCGAUGAGAAUGAACAGAUCGCGAAUAGCCAGCAGUCUCAGGCGACCACUCCGGUAGCACAACCCAUUGUUCCUGUGAUACCAUCAAUCACUACGCCAACUACCGAAGCUACACUCACAGAUACAAUAUCGGACACAACGUCAGUGCUGUCGACGUCAACUGUUCAAACGAUCGUGGAAUCAUCCGCAGAGGAGUCAAAUGUUUCGGACCAGCCUGCGACGGUUGUUACACCGGAAGCGAAACCAGAAGUUAAGACGGAUAACAAGCCGACAGCUGCAACAGCCGAAAACAUAAACCUUCGCCAAAAGAAUAUUGAUCUGGAGUCGAUCGGUGUGCAAGCGGAAGGCAUCUUCGGUUGCAAUGAAGACACCUACAAUCCACUAGAUUUGGACGGCCAAGGUGGCAGAACUUUCCUGCGGGUACUGCUGCAUUUGAUCAUGCACGAAUAUCCUGCGCUGGUGUCCGGUGCUCUGCACCUACUUUUCCGCCACUUCAGUCAACGGCAGGAGGUGUUGCAUGCUUUUCGACAAGUGCAGUUACUAGUCUCGGACAGUGAUGUGGAAUCGUACAAGCAGAUCAAAUCGGAUCUCGACGUACUGCGACAGAGCGUCGAGAAGUCAGAGUUGUGGGUGUACAAAUCGAAACAAUCCGAUGAGUUGCAGCAAGCUGGCGAAGGAGGAGAGGGCGGAGACGGCCAGAAGCCAGAAAAGGAUACCACGUCGGCAAGUGUCAAAACGAAACCCGAGUUGGUAAAGCAGGAAUCUCAGUUGAAUUUCGAUCAAGGUCCCGAGCUGAAUCCGGAGCAAGCGGCUGAAUAUAAGAAAAUUCAACAGAUUUUGAUUAGGAUGAACAAAUUGUGUAUCACAACAGCAGGACCUGGCGAAGUUGUAAAACCUAGAAAACACGAACAGCGGUUACUGCGCAAUGUGGGAGUUCAUACUGUUGUCUUGGAUCUACUGCAAAUCCCCUACGACGAAAAAGAUGAUUACCGAAUGAACGAACUAAUGCGCUUGGCUCAUGAAUUCCUACAAAACUUUUGCUUGGGAAAUCAGCAGAAUCAAAUUCUCUUGCAUAAGCAGUUAGAUUUGUUCCUCAACCCUGGAAUCCUGGAAGCGGAAACCGUUUGCGCCAUCUUCAAGGACAAUCUCAACCUGUGCAACGAAGUUAGCGAUAAGGUCGUACAACAUUUCGUGCACUGCAUAGAAAUUCACGGUCGCCAUGUAGAGUAUCUCAAGUUCCUGCAGACUAUCAUCAAGGCGGAGAACCAGUUCAUUCGCAAGUGCCAGGACAUGGUCAUGCAGGAGCUGGUCAAUGCCGGCGAGGAUGUGUUGGUAUUUUACAACGACAAGUCCUCGUUCAACUACUUUGUGGAGCUGAUGCGAAGCUACAGCAGUGGCGAGCUGACCGAUUCUAGUCCUCUGAUGUAUCACAUCGAACUGGUAAAACUGCUCGCCUGCUGUACGAUGGGCAAAAAUGUUUACACGGAGAUCAAGUGCAACAGUUUGCUGGCAUUGGAUGACAUCGUGGCAAUGAUAUCGCAUUCGGACUGCAUCCCGGAGGUUAAGGUUGCGUACGUUGAUUUUCUGUGCCAUUGUUACAUCGAUACGGAAGUUGAGGUGAAGGAGAUUUACUCUUCCAAUCACAUGUGGUGUUUGUUCGAGAAGUCUUUUCUGAUCGAUAUCGCUAAUGUGGUGAAAGGAGGAAGCUAUACGAACCGACAACUGGAGAACUAUGUCUGCAACGAAAUCAUGAACAUCCUGACAACCUUUUUCAACAGCCAAUUUUCGGAUCAAAGUACGGCACUACAGAAGCGGCAACUAAUAUUCGUAAAAAUCCUACAAUCCUCGUUCAAACUAACGCAGUGCAAAUGGCUGUCCCCCUCGCAGCGGUUCAACGUGGAGAACUGCAUCCGCACUCUCUCGGAAAAGGCCAAACCACGCGGAAUUGCCAUUCCGAUCGACCUGGAGAAUCAGGUGGUGAAAAUGUUCAACAAGACUGCGCUGCUGUCGCGCCAAACCAGCAAGUGGCUCCUGGUCACCAAGCAGACCAAGAUGGAGCGAUCGCAGUCGCAGAUCAUGCGCAUGGAUCGAAGCAUAAUCGAGGGGCUGCAGGACAUUGUUUCGCUGCUGGAGGAUAAGUUGAAACCGCUGGUGGAAGCGGAACAGUCUCUGCUGGUGGAUAUUCUGUACAAGUCGGAACUACUGUUCCCGGUCAACACGGAAUCGAGGAAAAAGUGUGAAACCGGAGACUUCAUCAGGCAUUUAAUCAAGCAUACGGAGAAAUUAUUAGAAGAGAAAGAAGAAAAACUGUGCGUCAAGAUACUGAAAACGUUGAAGGAAAUGAUGACAAUCGAUUGUGAAUACGGUGAUAAAGGAGAUCACUUGCGGACAAUCUUGCUUAAACGAUACUUUGGACAUGAGUUUGUACAGCCAGCGUUGCCCGCACUGGCCGGCGAAAUUGUCAAGGGAGUCGAACAGCAUCCGGGACCGGCUGGCCUUCCCCUGGCGUCGAUUAGUCACGGACCGGGAGCGAAGUAUCUAAUUCGAGCUGGACGGACGUUGCACGAGGUUCAGAAUGAUUUGGACAAAGAGGGAGCCAGUGAUCUUGUGAUUGAACUGGUGAUCAAAUCGAUCAACUCGCCGUCCAUAUUCGUGGAAGCGAUCGAACUCGGAAUAGCACUGUUGGAAGGUGGUAAUCCCAUCAUUCAAAAGGGAAUGUAUAAUAAGUUUUUAAGCAACGAUUUGAGUCAAUCCUUCUUCAAAGUGUUUUUCGAUAAGAUGAAGGAUGCCCAACAAGAAAUCAAAUCCACGGUUACGGUGAAUACGUCGGAUAUGGCCGCCAGUAAAGCGAAUGAGAGUAAAUCUGAAGGGAAGGAUUUCGAUAAGAUUCAACGGAAGAAUGUGAAUAAGGUGAAUGGAAUUGUGAUAACGGAUGAGUUUAAGGAAGAAUUACAGAACGCGGCGUUGGUCACUCAGCAAUCCUAUAUCAAUGCCAGGAAUUUGGCGGCAGCUUCAGAUGGAACGGCUUCGGAGAACGGAGAUGACAAUGCACUGAUGAGCAUAGGAACCUCUGCUCUGGAAGACAUUCUAGCUGAGAAGUUAGAAAAGCAUAAAGAUAAAGAUGAGAACAACAAACUAUCCAACAAGGUUCUGGUGAUGCAACCGAUUCUUCGGUUUCUGCAGCUUCUUUGUGAGAACCACAAUCCAGAACUGCAGAACUUGCUGCGGAAUCAAAAUAACAAAACAAAUUACAAUCUCGUAUCGGAAACUCUAAUGUUCCUCGAUUGCAUCUGUGGAUCCACUACCGGAGGUUUGGGUCUUCUGGGUCUGUACAUAAACGAGAACAACGUAUCCCUUAUCAAUCAAACUUUGGAAACCCUCACGGAAUAUUGCCAAGGUCCUUGCCAUGACAACCAGAACUGCAUUGCCACGCACGAGUCCAACGGAUUGGAUAUCAUAACCGCACUGAUUCUGAACGACAUCAAUCCGUUGGGCAAGAAUCGCAUGGAUCUCGUCCUCGAGCUCAAGAACAAUGCCUCCAAGCUGUUACUCGCAAUCAUGGAGUCGCGAGGCGAUAGCGAAAACGCAGAGCGUAUUUUGGCCAACAUGAACCCAAAACAGCUGGUGGAUGUGGCAUGCCGAGCGUACCACCAGGAUGAGAAUAUCUUGCUGCUGCUCAAUCAAGGAGAUGGCAAUGGGGACGAUAACUACAGUAUGAAGCAUGAUCUGGCAGAUGAUCAGAACGAUGAUGAUGACGUGGGAGUAUCUCCGAAAGAAGUCGGCCACAACAUUUACAUCCUGUGUCACCAGCUUGCCCAACACAACAAAGAGUUGGCCAAUCUGCUGAAAACCGACACCUUCAACGCCACAACCACAAAUAAUGAAAAUCGCAGUGGCAUCCUUGUGCCACCGCCAUUGCCGGUGAGCCCUAGCAAAGCCAAUGCGAAAAUGAACCAAGCCCUACUGUUCUACCAGACGCACACGGCUCAGAUCGAAAUUGUUCGGCACGAUCGCACGCUGGAGCAAAUCGUGUUUCCCAUUCCGGAGAUUUGCGAGUAUCUUACCAAGGAUACGAAGGUUCGAGUUCUGAACACAGCCGAGCGGGAUGAUCAGGGCAGCAAGGUGGCCGACUUCUUCGAUCGCCAUGAGGUGAUGUUCAACGAAAUGAAGUGGCAGAAGAAACUCCGAGGGCAACCGGCCCUAUUUUGGGUCAGCAGCUACAUGUCCCUUUGGAGCAAUAUUCUGUUCAAUUUGGCCGUGCUGAUGAACUUGAUCGUGGCGUUCUUCUAUCCGUUCGAUAAUAGUGUGCCUGAAUUAAGCUUCCAUCUAUCGUCGCUCAUUUGGAUCGUAACACUUGUUUCGUUGGUCAUAGUCAUAACGCUGCCACGACAAUCGGGCAUACGAACGUUCGUGGUAGCGCUUAUACUGCGGCUGAUCUUCUCUUGUGGACCGGAACCGACUGUGUGGCUGCUUGGGUGCAUAACGGUUAUCAUGAAGGGAGUGCACAUCAUCAGUUUGAUGGGCAAUUAUGGCACACUGGAGAAGAACCUUUUGUCGAUCAUCACCGAUGCAGAACUGCUGUACCACUUCGGUUAUUUGUCGUUCUGCGUUUUUGGCGUACUUCUGCAUCCGUUCUUCUUCUCGAUACUGCUUUUCGACGUUGUCUACAGAGAGGAAACUUUACUGAACGUAAUACGGUCCGUUACUCGCAACGGUCGUUCUAUCAUAUUGACAGCCGUUCUUGCCCUCAUCCUCGUGUACAUGUUCUCCAUCAUCGGGUACAUGUUCUUCCGAGAUGAUUUCCUCGUUCCAGUGGACGAAGAGUACGUAGCACCCGAUACCGAGGUUACGGGUUGUGCCGCUACGGAACGAAGUCACAUGCUUCCAGACGCUUUGGUCGAAGGCAGUAAACCUUACUGUACCCAGCCCCAGCCCGAUGAGGCCGAUCGCGAUGGGGAAGACAUGAAGGAACGAGGCUGCGAUUCCAUGGUUAUGUGCAUCAUUACGACGCUCAACCAGGGCCUACGGAACGGUGGCGGUAUCGGUGACAUUCUCCGGGCGCCAAGCCGAAAGGAAACGCUCUUUGUGCCGCGAGUGAUCUACGAUUUGCUGUUCUUCUUCAUCGUCAUCAUUAUUGUGUUGAAUUUGAUCUUCGGUGUCAUCAUCGAUACGUUUGCCGAUUUGAGAAGUGAAAAGCAGCAGAAGGAACUGAUUCUGAAGAACACCUGCUUCGUAUGUGGACUGAACCGGUCCGCAUUCGAUAAUAAAACGGUCAGCUUCGAGGAGCACAUUAAGCACGAGCACAACAUGUGGCACUAUCUGUACUUCAUUGUGUUGGUCAAGGUUAAGGAUCCGACGGAGUUUACCGGUCCGGAGAGUUACGUGCAUGCGAUGGUGAAGGCAAACAUCCAAGAUUGGUUCCCCAGGUUGCGCGCCAUGUCGUUGGCAGCUGUUGAUGGAGAUGGGGAACAAAUAGAACUGAGAAGUCUCAAGAAUUUACUGGAAACCAACCACAUAGCCGUGCGGGAAUUGACUGCUCAAAUAAUGGAACUUGAAAAUAAGAUGACCGAACAGCGGAAACAACGCCAACGGCACGCUCUGCUGAAUCCAACGUCGUCUACAUCGUACCAGUUCUAUCCGCAAAUUUGAUGUUCACCAUCCGAGAACCUCCAGGACCGGAGAUAAGCCGCCCGUCAUCCAACUAACCUUUGUGGCAUUUAUUGUGUAAAAAGUCAAUAUUUUCUGUAAAUUACAUACAUUUUGAGAUGUUAUCAUUUAGGUAUAAAAUUAAAAUUAAGAAGCAUGGUACGUGUAUCAAGCUUAAAAAUAUAUUGCUCGUUUUUGAACAGGAAAACCUCACUGUUCGUCAUUGUGAUUAGUCAAGCGAAAAAAGCUCAAACUUGAGUGUCAUUGAUGUUAUAUUGUUAUAGUAAAUUAUUGACAAAUGUUCAAUGAAUCUUCAAUACAUUCUAAGCACUUGAAAUGAUGCAUUUGUCACUCGUAGUUAUGAAUCGAUAGAUUAACAACUUGUUGAAAUCAAAAAUAUAAUGUUCGUUCGUGACUGUCUUCUUCAAAUUAACACCGACAGAUGAAACAGUGCGUUUCGCCAUCUACUGACAUACCCGUACCGUUUAGACUGUAAUCUACCAACGAUUUAUAAUCGAACAUACAAAACCUAUUUGUUUUUUGGUAUGUAACUUUAGUUUUAACAUCAUCCUACUUUUAACGUUAACGUUAUCAACGACAAUAACUCAAAUAUAGAAUCAGUAGUGAAUUAAAACUCUA